CUGAUCCUCAUACUGAAGCCAGGCAAAUCGUGGUGGAAAAUGGAAUAUCUCACGGGCGUACAUAUGGGAAUAUGCAUGGCUGAUAACAAGUGGUAUUGUUGCUGCAUGGCAGCUUAGGAUGCCCGGGUGCUUCAAGAAAACCAUAUUCUCCUUGGCUGCUGCUUGUAGUUUUACAUCUUUUGUGCUGAUAAUUGUUGCCAUGGCGACUCAAAAAUGGAUGACUGGGAAGAUUCUGUGUCAGACUGGAGUAGACCUGGUCAAUGCUUCCGAUCCAGAGCUGGUGAAGUUUAUCGGGGACAUCUACUACGGGCUCUUCCAAGGUGGCAAAGUACGGCGGUGUGGACUGGGAAAACGAACGUUUACAUUUAAAGUAUUCCCAGAUCUGGUGAAACAGCUGAACACCGCUCUUCAUGUCUUCAUUAUCCUCUUCCUGUGCACUGCUAUUUCUUUUGCUCUGAUCAGUCUUGGGUUCUGUAUUUACAACGCACUGAGAGUCCCUUAUCGGUCAAUUAAAGGUCCUGCUGGCAUAUGUCUGUGGAACUUCAUUGCAGGUCUGUUUAUUGUAUUUGCGGUGACCAGCUUUAUAGCUGCAGUCCAGCUCCACCACCUGACAGAUCGGAUGGCUAAUUUCAGUGAAAACGUCUUUCGGAUCGUUAUUCUAGAAGAGAAGUAUGAAGACUCCUUUUGGGUUUGCGUGGCGAGUGGAGCAAUGCAUGCUUUCAAUAUGCUGCUUAUGGCGGCCACUGCAAUACGCUUACCCAAGCGGAAGACUAAAACCGAGGAGGCAAACGUAACUGCAGAGGACAUUAUGUACUAGUGAUAUUCAUGGAGAUACAAAUUCCUCCCUGGUACGAUGAUGGCUCAAGACUUGGACUUUUUUACUCGCUUCAGACUUGUACCAAAGGUGGUAACUUACAGUGAGAUUUUAUCCCAUGGAAUCUGUGGAUAAAAGAACACUUUGAGACAAUGAAGCUGGUUCUUGAGUAAAUCUGAAUCAAAAAUGCAUCAGACCAAAGGGUGCUUUAAAUUACACCUAAAAAAUAAAAUUUUAUUUUAUGUAAAAUUCACAGUCAUUUUUGAGUUUUAUGUAUGAUAAAACAAUGGUGUGCUUGUUCUUUAUUUUGUAUCAGAAAAAUAAUAACCUACAAUGCAAUGCAUGAUAAUAAACCUUUCGCUAAAAUAUAUCAUACAAAAUGUGAUAAAACCUGGUUUCUGAGACUUUAUUAUUAUUGGG